UUUGUGAAUAUUAUAAAAUCACAACCUUUAAAAAGAAUAUCAAUUUAUACAAAUUUUUUGGAACAAUAUAAAAAAGAAAUUAUAUAUGCAUUGGAAUAUCGAUCAAAUACUUUAAGGGAAUUAAUAUUCAUUUAUAUGGAUUUUAAAAAUAUAGAUUUAUCAUCAUUAACAAAAUUAGAAAAUUUAGAAAAACUUGAAUUUGAUAAUUGUGAAGGAUUUACUUAUGAACAUUGUAAUAUAUUUUCUAAAAAGAAAUUUCAAUUGAAAGAAUUUAAAUUAUGGCACGAUGAUCUUGAUGUUAUUUAUGAUUCUGAUAAUGUUUAUGAUCAACUUGGAAUAAAUUUAAACGUUAUAGUAGGAAUGAUUAUUACUCUUGGCGGUGUAUCAUUACUCAAAUUAUCAUUAAAUAUUAUUACUUCUGAGACGAUUAAAGCGGUAAAAGAUUCUUGUCCAAAAAUCAAUUUUUUACAUAUGAGAUUAAUUUCUUCAAAACAUUUAAAUUCAAUAAUUCCAUUAAUAUGUGAUUUAUCAUUAUUAAAAAUUUUACAUAUUCAAAUGGAUCCUGAUGAAAUUAUGAAUGGUAAUAAUGGUAAUAAUGGUAAUAAUAAUAAUAAUCAUAACGGUAGUAAUCAAUUAGUUGAAAUCUUGGGUGAUCAUUUAAUAACU